GCAGCCAUCUUGAAAACGACUGAACGAGUGGACUUACAGGAGGGUUUAGGAGUGCACGAAAAAUGAAGGCUCUGAUCAGUGUUUCUGAGGCGUAAAAUACACUUUUUUGCAGUGAAAUAAGUCGCAUGAUCGUUCAAGAACAUCUGAGUCAUCUGUUGUGACCAUUUGGAUAUUUACCAAUGAAACCAUGAGCUGGGGAUUGGAACUUUGGGACCAGUAUGACAAGAUUUCAAGCCACACGCACCAAGGGUUGCAAUUCCUAGACAACUUCAACCAGUUCAUCAAAGACAGAUCAUCAAUAGAGACAGAUUAUGCUGCAAAACUCAGGAAACUUGUUAAAAAUUACCAGCCCAAAAAGAAAGACGAUGAAGAUAACAGCUAUUCAUCAUAUAAGGCAUUUUCUAUGAUGCUCAACGAAACCAGCGAUAUUGCUGGUCAGCAUGAGCUAAUUUCGGAAAACCUGCUGGGCAUUAUUGCCAAGGACAUUUCCACUCUGGUCAAAGAGCUCAAAGAUGAAAGGAAAAAGCUUUUAUCGGAAGGCUCAAAACUACAAGCAUCCCUCCAGAAUUCCUGUGCUGCUCUGGAUAAGAGCAAAAAACACUACGAAAAAAUGUUCAAGGAGGCGGAAAAGUCAGAGGAAGCCUUCAACAGGGCAGACAAUGACCUGCACCUAUCUCGAGCAGAAGUAGAAAAGGCAAGGCAAACAAAACAACAGAGGAACCAGGUAUCUGAAGAUGCAAAAACAGACUAUGCCAACCAACUGCAGAAGACAAACAAUCUUCAGAGAGAGCAUUACAACGAACUGAUGCCCAGGGUCUUUGAUCAACUCCAAAGGAUGGAUGAAAGGAGGUCUGGUUGCAUACAAGCAUACAUGAAGAGGACAGCAGAAAUACAUAGACAAGUCUUACCUAUUAUUACAAAAUGCCUAGAUGGAAUAGUACUUGCUGCAGAUUCUAUAGAUCCCACAAAGGAUGCUGAGAUAGUCAUAGAAAGGUAUAAAUCUGGCUAUGCGCCGCCAGAUGACUUCCCAUUUGAAGACCUCAGUUCCAUGAGAAGCUGUGAAACGGGCAGCACGACUAGCAGUAUGACGCCGUCCUACCGCGGGGACACCAUACGGGGCACCAUUUCAGGCGGCAAAAAGAAACGCUCCGGCCUGCUUGGGAUCUUCACUUCGAACAAGAACAAUGAAAAUGGAUAUUAUUUAACAAAACUUGGUGCUUCUCACUGCCUGAAUAACAUUGAGGAGCUUAAGGAUGACUACAGUGACCUACCUCCAAACCAGAGGAGAAAAAAGUUAGUCCAAGAAGUGGAUAAGAUAAGAACUGAGAUAAAUACUGUCACAGGAACAAGAGAGGGCCUUAUGAAGCUGAAGAUGUCGUAUGAAAAAAAUCCAGCACUCGGUGACCCGAAUUCUCUGACGGGAGAAAUUACCAACAACACGCAAAAGCUUGAAAAGCUGCAGACAGAGCUGGAAAAGUAUCAGAAUUAUUUGACAGAAGUGGAUAGCCAGAAGGUAACACCAGACACACAGAAGCGAUACCGAAACAGCCUCUCUGAGGGCUCGCUAUCCCGGAGCGCGUCUGAGUCUAGCGUCACCAACAAUCACCAGAACAACAACAAGGUUCUGGCACCUGGCACGCCGCUCACAACACACAAUGCCCCAGAAAAUCAUCUCGGCAGCAAUUACUCUGCCAUUGGAGACGAGGAUGACUUCGAAGAGAACGGCUACGAAGGGGAGCCCUACGAAGCCGAACUCCUGCCAGCUCUGGGCACUGCUAUAGCCAUGUAUCCCUUUGAUGCCCAAAGUGAAGGUUCCAUUCCAAUGGGUGAAAGAGAGGAGUUUUUAGUUGUGGAGGUGGACCAGGGAGACGGGUGGACAAGGGUGCGUCGAGACAACACAGAAGAGGGUUUUGUCCCCACAUCGUAUCUAGAGGUCACCAUGUAUAAGUAACUGUGCCAGCUACGUCAAGUGAUUCAAGAGGUGUCCAGUACAUAAUACUGCAGGUUCAGUGUGCUCCAAUUGCAUCUGUUUGAUGUUCCGCAUCCGGCAUAGCUGUUUCUUUCACGGCUCAGACGAAACAGGAUUUCCACUGCAUUUGCUUCACGAACGAUAGCUACCUCCUAGCUGUUGUGUAAAAAUGGUUCUUCUGAUCAUAUUACGAGAGUGACCUUGACUUUCAACAAUUUCCUCGUGCAAAACUGUGGCUGAAGUCAGGUCUACUCCGUUAUAAGUGUUGAAAUAGUGCACAUAAUGUACGAAUUGUGAUCUGCUUAGUCAUUUUAGCUGCUGCAUUAUAAGUAUCAUAUCACAGUACUCAUAUUUUCUACGGAAAUUUUGAUCAGCAAGGUACGAAAACGAAGAUUCUAUCGGAUGCUUUACUCUAUUCUUCCUUGCUUGUGCUGACACUCACGCUCAAAUACUACUAUACUACGCGUGUUUUGCCACUGACACGUAAGUGCAGAUGUGCCAUAAUACUGACAUGCAAGUGUAUUGUACAUAGUAUUCUUAGGUCUUGUGCAGGAUAUGGGAACUGUGCAUUGAUGGCUAAGGCUAUGGCUAAGGCUCGUGCUGCACAAGAUGGGGAAGAAGUCUGUGCCGUACACUGCAGUUCGACUUCGGGACAGCCCUUUGUCGUUACUAUUGGCAGUGACACUUGGGUACUAUUCGUUAUUUGGGUAUAGUAUCGAAGUACUUGGGUACUUGAAUACUAUUGUCAGAGGGAGCCACUACUGUACUCAAAGCCUUUGCGUUCCAGUAUUUUUAUGGCACAUAGAGUGAUUUUGUACCAUAGUUGGCUUUUACUGCAGUAGCCAUCCAAAAAGGAUGCACACUUUUUUUUUAAUGUUGCUUUUGUUCCCAACAUUAUCCCAUGCACUUCAUCCCGAAUAACCUCGGUUCUACUCCAAGGCAUCGAAAAGGAUGUCAACUCCAUCUUGCAGGGAGUUUUACCUGCGACCUUUUUUUCUGAAUUCCAUUGCACAGACUAUUCACUGCCGAUUAUUAUGAGUAGUAAUUACCAAAUAUAACGGCAGUUAUCAAUAAUUUACGCUUCUUUCACGGAUGCCUUAGACUUUGGAGAUAUGUGUAAUUGUGAACAGUUAUUGGACCUAAAGCACAUUUUGGUUUUACAAAGUGUUUUUUUUUUUUCUUCUUUCUUGUACAUACAGCUGUAUGUCUCAAUUAGCUGAUGAUUUAGUCCUUCUGCUGAAGGUCAUUAGUAACAAAAUGUUUUGACAAUUGCUAUGCUAUGUGUUUUAAUUGUUGAUUCUUUAUGCUGUCUCUAGUGACCCUUGUAUAUUGCGGUUCAUGAUUUGUGUGCGCUCCCCGCUGGAAAUGUGAACUCGAAUAACCCACCUUUGUAAAAUGUCUCCUCAAAGGGGAGCCCUGUGGGUGUCAUAGAAGUGAUGGGUCAAAUCACGCCUCAUGUAAAGUGAUGUAAAUAUUUACGUACAUGCUACCCUUCAGUGGUGUUAGAGAAGGUAACUGUAUUGUGUACAAUAACUGGGAUGACUACUCUACGGCGAUUCAUCAGCUUUAACAAAAAAAACUUGGAACAAUUACUACAUACAGUGAGCAUGAAUGAAAAGCGUUCUCUCCUUCGAUCAUCACAAAUAUCUUAGAUUCCUGUUUCUGUUGAGUUUUACAUGGUAUGUGUACAGCAGUGCCUAUGAAUGCGUGUAUGUGUGUGCAUUCAGCAGCGUUAUUGCGAAUUGUCUCAUUUUUGUUGUGCAUGUGCGAGUGCGAGGAUGUGAUGAUUUGACAAGACACUUGUGAAUUAACAUGGUGUCCAUGGUGAAACUUUUACUUGUGGACUCCAUACCUUACCUUCGAUGUAUGUCCAGUUACUUGUCCACAAUAUUUUUACCGAAGAAAAUAAAGUUUGUUGAAUAUC